AUGGCCUCCUCCGCCACCGCCAAGGCCUUCCUGGGAUCGGCCAUCAAGGCGCCCACCGCCGGCCAGGGCGGCAGGCAGGUCACCCGGGCGGCCAUCGAGUUCUACGGCCCCAACCGCGCUAAGUGGCUCGGGCCCUUCUCCGAUGGCGCCACACCCCCGUACCUCACCGGCGAGUUCCCCGGCGACUACGGCUGGGACUCCGCCGGCCUGUCCGCCGACCCCCAGACCUUCGCCUCCUACCGCGAGGCGGAGCUCAUCCACGCCCGCUGGGCCAUGCUGGGCACCCUGGGCUGCCUGACCCCGGAGCUGCUGUCCAAGUACGGCGGCGUGGAGUUCGGCGAGGCCACGUGGUUCAAGGCCGGUGCGCAGAUCUUCAGCGAGGGCGGCCUGGACUACCUGGGCAACGACACCCUCAUCCACGCGCAGUCCGCCAUCGCCGUGCUGCUGUGCCAGAUUGUCCUGAUGGGUGGCGCCGAGGCCUACCGCGUGAACGGCGGCCCCCUGGGGGAGGGCCUGGACGCCCUGUACCCCGGAGAGACCUUCGACCCCCUGGGCCUGGCCGACGACCCCGAGACCUUCGCGGAGCUCAAGGUGAAGGAGAUCAAGAACGGGAGGCUGGCCAUGUUCUCCAUGUUCGGCUACUACGUGCAGGCCAUCGCCACCGGCAAGGGCCCAGUGGAGAACUGGGCGGAGCACAUCGCCGACCCGUUCGGCGUCAAUGGCUUCAACAUCUCCACCAAGUUCACACCACAGUAA